AUGGCGAGACUGAUCAAGAUGCAUUUGGCUCGCCUUAUUGUUCUUUCUGCUGCCACUUACCAAAUCGCAGCCGCUCUUGAAGGCUUCUUCUGGCCGAAAAUUUUUUGGGACUUCAUGACAGAUAAUUUGAACGGACUCGUGAAACCAGUACCUGCUUUGCAAAUGAUCAAUUUGUUGUUUGGUAUAGGCAUCAUUGUUCUAGAGUUACCACUGGGUGUUAUCGCAAAUACUUGGCUCCAGCGGAGUGUGCGAUUUCGUGUUUUCAUCCUGAUACUGAGCUCUUUUGCAUCUGUGCUACUAUACCAAGGCACUGACCCUGCAAUAUAUCACCUCAUUGGCGCGAGUCUCUAUCUUUGGGCCCACUACACCGGUGAAAAGAUGAGUUUCCUGGCAGAAAACGUGACCGAAGACACAAGCUGA